UUCGGCAACUCUCGCCAAGAACUCUGGGAAAUCUCGUUGCCUCCUCGGACAUGUUGUGAUUUGUCAAUCAGCUGAGUAAAAUGAGGGUCAUGUUUACAGGUAACAGGGAAUGAAAUAAACAAUGGCAGUGACAAUGACAUCAACAGUAAGGUGACACAUUUGGCAUCAAAAUGACCGCCAUCACAGCCAACAUUGCAUCCCAGAAAAGUUGUUAUUGUUGCCAAACUUCACCAUCAUUAAGAGCACUGUCUUCAUCAUCUUCAUCCUCAUCAACAAGGGAUCCCAAUAGAAACAUGGACGUUGACGCUGCAUUACAUGAGUUAGGCAUGCUCAGUUCAGUCACAGACGGGCGUAGGCAGUUUCUUCGCGAGCGUUCACGCACUCGGAGCGAGCAAGGCACCAGUUUCACAGUGGGCGGAGGCAGUUUGUGUGGCACGGGGGACACAGAUAUUGAAAAUAACUACAGUCCUGGAAAGACUCCUUUCCAGAUCAUUUCUAUGAAUCCCAGCUAUGUCACAUCUUUUACCAAUACCCCUACUCCUCUUCCAGAGACAGCUAGUGUUAACGUGAUAUCCACUCGUGGCUACCUUAACAUGCAAACUGCUGAAAUAGCCGAUAAUAUGAAUAACUUAAGUCUGGGGUCCAAUUAUCACCGUCAGCGCAGCCCUAGGGAUGAGCAUCAUAACACUCGACUCAUGAGACUUAAAAUGGCACGUUUGCGGCGCUGGAGGAAACCUUACGAAGUGCCAUGGAGGUCGUCACUGGAGUUAGGAGGUUUUUCUAGUGGGUUUAGCGGAGGGAGUGGCUUAACAUGUAGUCCGUCUAGUUCAUGUAGCAGUACAACUGGUACAAACUCUAACGGAAACUGCCAGACGCCAACGAGAGAAGGACCGUCUUGUGGCAGUGAUGGGGAUGUUGAUAAAGACGGGAAGCCAGGGAUGAAGAGAUGUGCCUCUAAUUCAAACACCCCAGAGAAACUGAAGCAGGCGAUCAGUCACCUUCCAACAGGGUUGACCUUUCAUAGGUCACGUUCCAUGGAUGACUUGGACAUUAAAAAAUUUCCAUCGGCUCAAGCGGAGAAUUUAAAUUACAUGCUAGAAAAACGCGAGAUUGAUAGUAUGUCACAGCAUUUGAGUGACUUGAAGGUUGAUGCUGAAUAGCACUUUGUUAUUGCACUGGAGUUAUUUUGAAGCUUUGUUAGGGGUUCAGUUUAGAAGACAAAAAGGAAUUAAAUUUUCUAUAAUUUUGCCAUGAAUAUCACAAUUAGUCUACUACUGAAAACUCUGAUUUAUCCCAUUGUCGGGCAAGAUUUAACAGAAUGGCUUCACUGGCAUUUCUGUUCAACUGUUGCACUACUAACUUGCAUAAAGUUUGUAACUGAAAAAUCAGAAAUAAUUUUGUCUUUAGGAACUUAACAAGCAAGCACUUAUUUUUCAAUUAGAAGAAGAAUUGAAGCCUUAUAAAGCAAAAGAAAAACCUUGUUUCUUUUUAAUUGCAGUCUUUUAUAUCUUCAGUUAAACUUUAUUACAGUAUAAAGUCAGUGGCUUUAGUUUAUCAUAUGGUGACAUGUAUAUCAAAAACUUUUACCAAAUCUUUAUGAAUUAUACCGUUAUCUUGGAUAUCAUAUUCAAAUUAUACACUUAAUAGUCAUCACAUAAAUUUAAUCCUUAUUAAUAUGGAGCUGCAGAUCAUGAUCUUUAUAUAAAUACUUCGGGUAUAUUUUCUGACCUGCAUUUAUAGUGGAUUUUUGGAAAUUAUUUGAAAUAAAGGUGUGAAACAUUUCUCUAACAAA